CUUAAUGAGUGUGACAGCCAGCGGAAGUAAACAAGGCUGCUGGCCGUAGCGUUAGCUGCAUGCUGCUGUUGAAUGAGCUGGAAGACGGUAUUGUAGUCGUAGAGCAGAUGAUUCUUUCAGCUGGAACUAAGCAACAAUGUCUUCAGUUGAGUGUUUGAGAGAGUUUGUCACCGAGCGACUAACUGCUGCUGCUGAAGAAAUAUUCCGAGUUGUUGAAAAAACUAUCGUCGAGUACGAGGAAGAGAUCGCUCGGCAGCGCAGACUGUUGGAUGGCGUUUGGAGACCAGAAAUCAGGUUACACAGGAUAGAGCUCCUACAGCAACAUGUCUGUGAGGAGGUUCUGUCUGACCAGCAGCUCUGUAUUCAGGAGAGGAACUCCAGUCUGGCCCAAGAGGACCCAGAGCCUCCACAGAUUACAGAGGACCAGGAGGAACUGUGCACCAGUCAGGAUGGAGAGCAGCUUGUACAGAAGCAGGAGACUGAUACCUUUUGUCCUAGUAACAACGUAAACAACACUAACAUGUCAGAGAUUCACCGUAAUACUCAAACAGAGCUCCCACAACAACAUGUCUGUAAGGAGGAGGAUGUACUCUCUGACCAGCAGCUCUGUAUUCAGGAGAGGAACUCCAGUCUGGACCAAGAGGACCCAGAGCCUCCACAGAUUAAAGAGGACCAGGAGGAACUGUGCACCAGUCAGGAGGGAGAGCAGCUUGUACUGAAGCAGGAGACUGAUACCUUUACGUUGACUCCUACUUAUGAGGAAAGGGACCACAGUGAAGCUCAGACUCUGAACUUCAAUCCUGAUGAUGACACUCUAAGUGCAGCAGAGAAAGAGUCUGUAGCCAACAUGUCAGUUAUAACCUCUGUGGUAUCAGAAGCAAACAGUGACCACCAGGUCCUCUCUCACAACUCUGAUGAAGCUGAGAGCCAAGAUCAGAAAGGAGGCAAGCAUGGAGACUCAGGAUCAACUAGAAAUGCAGAGCCAGAACCAAAGAAGAGACGACGGAAGAGAAGAAGUUACAGUAACAACGUAGACAACACUAACGUGUCAGAGAUUGACCCUAAUACUCAAACAGAGCUCCCACAGCAACAUGUCUGUAAGGAGGAGGAGGUUCUCUCUGACCAGCAGCUCACCAUGCCAGUUAUAACCUCUGUGGUAUCAGAAGCAAACAGUGUCCACCAGCUCCUCUCUCACAACUCUCAUGAAGCUGAGAGCCAAGAUCAGAAAGGAGGCAAGCAUGGAGACUCAGGAUCAACUAGAAAUGCAGAGCCAGAAACAAAGAAGAGACGACGCAAGAGCAGAAGUCACAGCAACAACGUAGACAACACUAACGUGUCAGAGAUUCACCCUAAUACUCAAACAGAGCUCCCACAGCAACAUGUCUGUAAGGAGGAGGAGGUUCUCUCUGACCAGCAGCUCUGUAUUCAGGAGAGGAACUCCAGUCUGGACCAAGAGGAUCCAUAUCCUCCACAGAUUAAAGAGGACCAGAAGGAACUGUGCACCAGUCAGGAGGGAGAGCAGCUUGUACUGAAGCAGGAGACUGAUACCUUUAUGUUGACUCCUACUUAUGAGGAAAGGGACCACAGUGAAGGUCAGACUCUGAACUUCAAUCCUGAUGAUGACACUCUAUGUGCAGCAGAGAAGGAGUCUGUAGCCAACAUGCCAGUUAUUACCUCUGUGGUAUCAGAAGCAAACAGUGACCACCAGCUCCUCUCUCACAACUCUCAUGAAGUUGAGAGCCAAGAUCAGAAAGGAGGCAAGCAUGGAGACUCAGGACCAACUAGAAAUGCAGAGCAAGAACCAAAGAAGAGACAACGCAGGAGCAGAAGUCACAGCAAUAAUGUAGACAACACUAACGUGUCAGAGAUUCACCCUAAAACUCAAACAGACAUGACUUUACCAAGAGGCAUGUGUUGCUGUCCAGUUUGCUUAAAGGACUACGUGGCGCUAUCAAACCACCUGCAGCGGGCCCACGGUGUCCACAAUGUGGAGGAGCGAAAGAUAUUGCUAAAUUUGGCGACCAGACGUGUGAACGUCCGGAAUGAGGCUUGUCCAGUCUUGGGCUGUAGCUACCACAGCACGAGACUGGACAAGCAUCUGAGGGAUGGCCACCGGGAGCUGACCAGGGACGAGGUGGAGGUCAACCUGGACAUGGCGAGAAGGACCAAGUCCAUCUCCCUCCUCACUGCUUUGAGGAGAACUAAUCCGACCGUCAGCAUGUCGACAGGGCUCGACCUUGAGGAAGAAAACGAGGGCGACCAAAUGGAGGUGCCAGGGGAGGCGGAGGAAGAUGCCCCACAAUGCCCAGACCCCAGCUCCAUCCACAGCAAGGUGGAGGUCAAACGCCUGUCGGCACGCCUCCAGCUGGUGGAGAGAGAGCUAAUGAACAUGCGGAGCAAAAGCCAGAGGCUGGCCAAGAGGCUCCGUCGCAGCCAGGCAAUGGCAUCUGCCAGGACAGGAGACGCCAGCAGCUACGAGGAAGGAGAUGGGGAUAAAGAGGAUGAGGUAGAGCACGAGGAGCAGCCUGCGCAGCUGACACCUCAGCAGCUGCUCACUUCUCAGCUGCUCACCCCUCAGCUGCUCACCCCUCAGCUGCACACCCCUCAGCUGCACACCCCUCAGCUGCUCACCCCUCAGCUGCUCACCCCUCAGCUGCUCACCCCUCAGCUGCUCACCCCUCAGCACACCCCUCAGCUGCACACCCCUCAGCCUCAGCAGCAUCUUCCUCCUCCUCAACACACACAGGAGCAGCUAGCCCCUUUUGGGAAGCAGCCUCCGUUCCUGUUGCUGGACCAGCAGGAAAUGGAGCAGGAGCCAGGAACAAACCUGAAAAACCUCCUCCAGGGCAGCGGACGUAGCCCUGGAAUGAGGAACCUGAAAUUCCCUCCUUCAAUUGGUAAGAAAGAAAAGUAG